AUGGUCGGGCAUUUCCAAUUUCCCCCAUGGGGUUCACCAUUUCUGGAUGCAGGCCACACAAACACACCCUCCUCAUCCUGGCAUUCUGAGCGUGGACUAAGCCCGCACAUGAGAGAGCUUGACCACACCGUGCACAACCCAACCGCAGACCAGCUCGCGGAAACACUCAAAGUAAUCAUGAUGACGAAUGGAGCCCGCGAGCCUCUCCCAGCAGAGUACAACUCAUGUAUCAUGCAGGUGCUCGAGGGGUAUAGCACCCAUCGCCUUGAACUCCAGACGAAGAUAAAGGAGCUUGAGGAGGCGAAGAAGGAGAAAGAGGAGACAGCUACGGAGCUUUGGCAGAAGACGCUGGAGUGGAAGGAAGAAGAGAGUCGGUACAAGACGGAACUUAAGAAGUUGGAGGUUAUACUGGCUAAGACGCCACGGGGUAUGGAGCUGGUGGCCAUGGCGAGGUCGCAGAGUGUUGUACGCAGAAACAAAAAGAAGGCCGAGGUGAAGAAAGCGGCAGACAAGGGACAAGUGAACAAACUAGAUGGCGAGUAUGUUCCGAGACGUCUAAGACCAGGCUUCAAUAUUUUAUUGCCUAACUAUGCAGAGAAGAAAGAUGCUGCCACAACCAAGUCAUUCAUGCCACACUACCGUCAAAACUCUCUCUCCAUGGGAUUUGGUUCCGUGUCCCUGCCAAGGCCACAACUGGAAGAAGUCGAAGAACCUACAAAGGAAAAGGGGAAAAGGUCGAUGCUGGGAAAACUCACCCAUGCCGGAAAGAAGAGCGCACUUCGCCUUUUCCACGGUGGUCAUUCACCCAAGAAAACCUCUGAGGAGUCCGCCGACAAGUCGCCGAAGAAGUCACCCAAGAAGUCUUCGCCCAAAAAGAAAAAGAACGAAGACAUCGCGCCACACAACUACGAGGAUCAGAUGCGUAUCAGUGACUUCAACCUUCACCAAAAUGCCAUACACAGCACUCGGAGCCUCUGGGGACACUUUGGCCGUAGCCCGAACGUUAACCUAGCAUCCAAGGAUGCUGAGGUUGCUCGAAGCGCCCCUACUGGUCCACCGAAGCUGAAAUCGCCAAAGAAACUGAAACACAAAGCCAGUCUAUUUGACUUCGAGAAAUCACCAAGGAAACUAAAGCACAAAGUCAGUGCCAUUGAUCUCGAGAAAUCACCAAGAAAACUGAAGAACAAAGCCAGUGCGAUUGACAUUGAGACGGCAGCUGCCGCAGCCAGGGCAGCCACGAGAAGAACGGCAUGGCUAUUGCCAGAGGACGACGAGAGUAACUAGGACUAUGCUUAAUCAGAUGUGGAGAGGGAGAGAUGUUGAAGUACUGUACGAAAUAUACCCAGGAUGGAGGGGGCUGAGGAUGAUGCAGGUAGAGACGAUAUCCAAGCAGCUUGACAAAAGGGAAU